CUGGCCGUGACCGACCCGCAGCCCGCGGGCGCGGCCGACGUCGCCCUGCGAGCGUCGGGCUUGCGACCGGGCCCGCUGAUAGCGGGCUUGGCCGCGGUCGUGGUUGCGGUGGUUGCCGGGUUGACCAUCGGGCCGGUCGACAUCGGCGCUCACCGGGUGGCGCUGCAGUUGCUCGACGGGCUGCCGGGGCUGUCGCUCGACUCCGGUCUGAGCGAUACCCACUCCGCCAUAGUGGAGCAGAUCCGGCUGCCCCGAGUGGCUCUCGGACUGCUGGUGGGGGCCACCCUGUCGAUGAGCGGGGCCGCUUACCAGGGCGCGUUCCGCAACCCGCUGGCCGACCCGUACCUGCUCGGGAUCGCGGCCGGCGCCGGACUCGGAGCCACCAUCGCCAUCACCAGCAACCUCGGUGACGGCGCGGGCGCUCUGGACCCGGUGCCGCUGGCCGCCUUCGCGGGCGCGCUCAUCUCGGUGGCGGUGUCUUAUGUUGCCGGCCACGUCGGGGGCCGUUCGACCGCUUCGCUGAUCCUGGCCGGCAUCGCGGUGGCCAGCUUCCUGACUGCCUGCCAGACCUACGUGCUGCAGGCCAACAGCGACGCCUUCCGCCAGAUCUUCGCCUGGAUCCUGGGCCGCAUCGCCACCUCGGGAUGGUCCGAGCCGGCGCUGAUGCUGCCGUACUUCGUGGUGACGACGCGGUGGUGCUGCGCUACCGCCGGGCCCGCUCGACGUGCUCGCCGUCGGCGACGAGGAGGCCGCCGCGCUCGGGUUGGAGCCCCGCCGGUCGCCGGGAGAUCUGGUGACAUCGCAGUGAGCGUGCGGUCAUUGGAGGUGACCCUUGACGGCACCCAGGUGCUGCGCGGCGUCGACCUGGCCGCGUCGAAGGGGGAGUGGGUGAACAUCAUCGGCCCCAACGGCGCGGGCAAGACCACGCUGCUGCGAGCGCUGCUCGGCCUGGUGUCCUUCGACGGCGAGAUCGACAUAGACGGGCUCAGCGACCAGCGUCGCCGAGUCGCCCGGCUCGCAUGCUUGCCUACGUCCCGCAGACGCCGGUCAUCCCGCCCGGCAUGCUGGUGGCCGACUACGUCCUGCUGUGGCGCACCCCGCAUCGGGGCGUCUUUCGCGGCCGAGACCGCCACCGACCGAAGGGUCGCGGCGGAGGUUCUCGACCGCCUCGAUCUCGGGGGGUUCGGCGACCGGUCCGUGCAGUCGCUGUCGGGCGGCGAGCGCCAGCGGGCCGUGCAUGCCAGGCGGUUGGCCCAGCAGGCCGACGUGCUGCUCCUGGACGAGCCCACCACCGCCCUCGACCUCGGCCAUCAGCAGGAUGUGCUCGAUCUGGUGGACGCGCUGCGCCGCGAGCGCGGUCUGACCGUGAUCGACCACUGCACGACUCACGCUGGCGGCCCGCUACGGCGACCGCAUCGCCAUACUCGCUCGAGGGCGGGUCGCUGA